GCAGCAGAAGACUCUGAGUGUCCGGUACUCUUCAGGGAUGAGUCAUGUGGCGGUGGGAAAUGCGCUCGGGCUAGACCAGCAGUUUGCUGGCCUAGACCUGAACUCUUCAGAUAAUCAGAGUGGAGGAAGUACAGCCAGCAAAGGGCGCUAUAUUCCUCCUCACUUAAGGAACAGAGAAGCUACUAAAGGAUUCUAUGAUAAAGACAGUUCAGGUUGGAGUUCCAGCAAAGAUAAGGAUGCAAACAGCAAUUUUGGAGCUCAUGGUGAUUCAAGAGGAAAGUCUAGUUUCUUCAGUGACCGUGGAAGUGGGUCAAGAGGAAGGUUUGAUGAUCGUGGAAGGGUUGACUAUGAUGGCAUUGGCAGCCGUGGUGACAGAAGUGGCUUUGGCAAAUUUGAACGUGGUGGAAAUAGUCACUGGUGUGACAAAUCAGAUGAGGAAGAUUGGUCCAAACCACUCCCACCAAGUGAAUGCUUGGAACAGGAACUCUUUUCUGGAGGAAACACUGGGAUUAACUUUGAGAAAUAUGAUGAUAUUCCAGUUGAGGCAACAGGCAACAACAGUCCUCCACAUAUUGAAAGUUUCAGUAAUGUUGAGAUGGGAGAGAUUAUUAUGGGAAACAUUGAGCUAACUCGUUACACUCACCCGACUCCAGUGCAAAAGCAUGCUAUUCCUAUUAAAAGAGACCUGAUGGCUUGUGCCCAGACAGGGUAUAGAAAAACGGCGGCAUUUCUUUUGCCCAUCUUGAGUCAGAUUUAUACGGAUGGCCCAGGCGAGGCCUUGAGGGCCAUGAAGGAAAAUGGAAGGUACGGGUGCCGCAAACAAUACCCAAUCUCCUUGGUAUUAGCACCAACUAGAGAAUUGGCAGUACAGCUCUAUGAGGAAGCCAGGAAAUUUUCAUACAGAUCUAGAGUUCGUCCUUGUGUUGUUUACGGUGGUGCCAAUAUUGGUCAGCAUAUUCGAGACUUAGAACGUGGAUGCCACUUGUUAGUAGCUAGUCCAGGACGUCUAGUGGAUAUGAUGGAAAGAGGCAAGAUUGGAUUAGACUUCUGCAAAUACUUGGCUUUGGAUGAAGCUGAUCGGAUGUUGGAUAUGGGGUUUGAACCUCAGAUUCAUAGAAUAGUUGAACAAGAUACGAUGCCACCAAAGGGCGUGCGCCACACUAUGCUGUUUAGUGCUACUUUCCCCAAGGAAAUACAGAUGCUUGCUCGCGAUUUCUUGGACGAAUAUAUCUUCUUGGCUGUAGGAAGAGUUGGCUUUACCUCUGAGAACAUCACACAGAAAGUAGUGUGGGUGGAAGAGACAGACAAGCGGUCAUUUCUGUUUGACCUUCUAAAUGCAACAGGCAAGGGUUCACUCACCUUAGUGUUUGUAGAGACCAAAAAGGGUGCAGAUUCUCUGGAGGAUUUCUUGUACCAUGAAGGAUAUGCAUGCACCAGUAUCCAUGGAGACCAAUCUCAGAGAGAUAGAGAGGAGGCUCUGCACCAGUUCUGCUCAGGAAAAAGCCCGAUUCUAGUGGCUACAGCAGGAGCAGCAAGAGGCCUGGACAUUUCAAAUGUGAAACAUGUCAUCAAUUUUGACUUGCCAAGUGAUAUUGAAGAACAUGUCCAUCGCAUUGGCCGUACAGGACGUGUAGGAAACCUUGGCCUUACCACCUCAUUCUUUAAUGAGAGGAACAUAAACAUCACAAAGGAUUUGUUGGAUCUGCUCAUUGAAACUAAGCAAGAGGUGCCAUCUUGGUUGGAAAGCAUGGCUCACGAACACCACUACAAGGGUAGCAGUCGCGGACAAUGUAAGAGUAGUCGAUUCAGAGGAGGAUUUGGUACCAGAGACUAUCGGCAGAGCAACUGUGCCAGCAGUUCCAGCUUCAGCAGCAGCCACAGUGGGGGAGGCAGCCAUGGCAGCAGCAGAGGGUUUGGUGGAAGUGGCUAUGGAGGCUUUUACAACAGCGAUGGCUACAGAGGAAAUUAUAACUCCCAAGGGGUUGACUGCUUUGCAGUAGGUCACCCUGCCAAACAAGCUAAUAUGGAAACCACAUGUAACUUAGCCAGACUAUACCUUGUGAAGCUUUAA